AUGCGCGAACAUCUCGCAUCCCACGAGGACUACGAUGUGGCUCCACAUGUUUUCGCGAUCGGCAAGAACGUGCCGGAAAACGCUCCUCACAGUCAUGACACCUAUUGGCCUGUCCUGGCAAAUUACCAGUUCGAGUGCUUGCACGACUAUCUAACUCGAGCUUCGGACCUUCCUCAACUUUCUCACAUCCGCAACAACAACAACACUUCACGCGCAAGCACGACCCACCACACCGCAAACAUCAAGCACAAGCUCAAGCGCAUCAGAAGUACACAAAUCAAGACAAGCAAAAGAUAUCACACACGAAAACACGCACACACAAUGGCUCGCCUACGCGACCAACCUCCGCCGUCGGCCUCGCGACGCAGCACUCGCAUCGCGUCAAAAGCCUCCAGCCGCGCAUCCUCCGUCGCCGCUUCUGACGACCACAGUAAGCCCACGAAAAAGGAAGGCGCAGUUUUCAACCCCGCCGAAAUCGCACGUCGCAUCGUAUACAACAACGAGCGGCACAUCAUCCCGACACUGACCAGCCGCCAAAAAGACGAUGUCAUUCAUGCCAUCGCCGACAACCAGAUUCAAGUGGUGCGCCAACACAAGGUCGAGGUUGAAAAACUCGAGGACGAGGUUGAAGAUCUGGAGCGCCGCAUUCAAGUCGGCGGCAUUCAGCGCAGCGCGCCAGCCAAACCGUCACAGCCUCUGCGCGAUCACUUCCUCUACAAGAACGCGCCCAGCAGGAAGCAGAAGGUCACGAGCUCCGACACCCCUGGCAACGGCUCACUCAGCAAACAGUCACCCAGCAAACAGUCACCCACGUCUGGCGAACUCUCCGAAUUUGGCGACUCUCAAAUGGUCACUUCAACCCCUCUGACUUUGGCGCCACACUCACAUCAGACCGCUCCAAGCUCAGUGCAGCAGCAGAAUGUCAAUCGCGACACCUCGUCAUCGCCACACAACAACGCUGCUGAGACACCCAGGCCCAACCUCCUCCGCCGCGCUUUUGGCCUUCUCUCAUCACCGUUCGGCACCAUUCGCAAGCUCAGCACCACCACUCAGGCACAGCGACCCUCACUUCUCCAGAACGGCGUUUCAUCACAAGCUUCGGGUGAAGUGAUCGGUGCCUUGCCAGCCUCACGCAAGCGGCCAGCACCAGAGCAAGAGCAAGAGCCAGAAGCGCAUCACGAGGUACAACAAGGAGUGAGACAGGAGCCGGCUUUAGCGCGCCCAGACUUCAGCGACGCAACACCCACUCGUACCAAGGCAAUGAGGACACCACGCACUGCGCGCAUCCCGCCAUCUGCCCCUGGCAGCACCUACCCUACCCCACUGGGCGCUAUCUCCGAAUACACCGAGCCUUCCGAGACGAACAUCCGCCGUCCAGAACCCACACCAAGCAGGCACCGCGACAUCGCAUCAGUACGCCGCCGCCGCGAGCUUGCGUCGCAAGUCACGAUCCCGAGACGUGCCUGGGAUCCCAAGCCUCUCCCGCGCGACCCAAAUGCCGACAGCAGACUCGAGAAGCUGCGCGCAUACCACGAAGCGAAAGACCACCUUCACAACUUGCAGAAGGAUGAGGAAAUCAGAGAGAUGACCCAGCACCGUACCAAGCGUGUGAAGAUCGAUGAUCUUGUCGCCAUACCCCACAACCGACCUGGAGAUGCGUCUGGAACAUUCCGGAUGUACGACGCGGAUAGCGACGACGAAAUGGAGGUGGAGGAGGAUUGUGAGGUGAGGGAGAACAUCUUCCGAGGUGAAGAUCGUCCCCAUGAGGAGGAGUUGAACGAGAUCAACGAGGUGGAAACUAGCCUCACGCCAGAGGUGGACACCGACGUGGAAGCCGCUCAUCUGGAAUUCGGCACUCCACCCGAUGUUGGAAAACGCGAUGCCAACGAGUCGCCUAUCAUCGAUGCGACCGAGAACGCCAAAUUCGAGAUGGCCUACCAGCAUUGGCUGCGAAGCGGGGGAGAAAUCCUCACCUGGUUGUUCGAGCAGGAUGGCUUUCCUCCCAUGCCAUGA